AAGUUACAGCGAGCAAAUUAAUGAGUCUUCGGGGAGAGAGAGAGAGAUGCAACAAUGAUGAGGGGCACUCAUCCGCCGCCGCCGAAAUCGGGCUUAGCGCCGCCAGAAGAUGACGGCGACGCCGUCCGAGCAGCGGCGGGGCCAGGCGGAGUUGGCCUGAGGAAGAAGGCGGCGGGGGUGAGGCCCUGGCUGCUGCUGGACGCCACCGGCCACGCUCAGGUUGUGGAGGCCGGGAAGCACGCAAUCAUGCGGCGGACAGGCCUCCCCGCACGUGACCUCCGAAUCCUGGACCCGCUGCUGUCCUAUCCCUCCACCGUGCUGGGCCGUGAACGCGCCAUCGUCAUCAAUCUGGAGCACAUCAAGGCCAUCAUCACCGCCCAGGAGGUUCUGCUCCUCAACUCACGUGACCCUUCCGUUAUGCCCUUUGUCGAGGAACUUCAGCGCCGUAUCGUUCGCCACUACCACGCCAACAACUCUCAGGAGGGUGUGGUAAAUGUUGACGACACAGCCUGGAGGAAUUUGUAUGAUCUGGAAGAGCCACAUUCAAUGUCAAAUAGCCCUCAGAAGUUUUCUGGAGGUUUCCCAGGAAAAGAUGAGGAAAGUAAGGCAGAUGGGAAACAAGCUCUAGAGAACCAAGAUGGAUUAAAAGCACUUCCAUUUGAGUUUAUUGCUUUAGAGGCGUGCCUUGAGGCUGCUUGCAGUUGCUUGGACAAUGAAGCAAGGACAUUGGAGCAAGAAGCUCAUCCAGCCUUGGAUAAACUGACUUCAAAAAUUAGUACUCUUAAUCUGGAACGUGUGCGUCAAAUUAAAAGCCGUCUAGUUGCCAUCACUGGGCGUGUUCAAAAGGUAAGGGAUGAAUUGGAACAUCUACUAGAUGAUGAUGAAGAUAUGGCUGAGAUGUAUUUGACUGAAAAAAUGGUACAACAGCACCUUGAAAAUUCUUCUCAAUCAUCUAUAAGUGAGCAAGAUGGCAUGGACGAUGAUGUUCUGCAAUCAGACAUGGAUGACAGGAUUCCUACUGAAAUUGCAUCUGAAGGUAAAAGGGGUUCCACCAGUUAUGUAGGGGAUCUUCCAAAUAUUGACAACCCCCAUGAACAUUUGUAUGAUUCAUCUAAUGUAAUCAUCAGAGACAGUCAUGGGACUCGUACGAGUACCACCCGUAGUGCUAUAAGCAAGAAUCUUGAUGUGGAGGAGCUUGAAAUGCUCCUGGAAGCAUACUUUGUCCAAAUUGAUGGUACCUUGAAUAAACUCUCCACGCUGAGGGAGUAUGUGGAUGACACAGAGGAUUACAUUAACAUCAUGCUGGAUGACAAGCAGAACCAUCUCCUUCAGAUGGGGGUCAUGUUAACAACAGCAACCCUUUUGGUGAGUGCAUUUGUUGUGGUGGUUGGAAUCUUCGGCAUGAACAUCAAAAUUGAUCUCUUCAAGGAAGAAUACGCCGGGAUGCCACAGUUCUUGUGGACUGUCGGGGGCAGCGCCACUGGCAGCAUAGUCUUGUAUGUGAUUGCUAUCGCCUGGUGUAAGCAUAAACGCUUGCUCGAGUGACCGAGCGCUGUGCCCUUCAGAGCUGUUUGUUGUACAACAUUAUUCCUGAAAAACUGAUGUGUGUUCUUAACAUCGAUAUAAAUUCCUGAAGCAACAGUGGGGUUACCAGAAACUCAUAAUUUGGAGUUUUAAUCCUUCAGUGGCCCGACAAAGUGCUUCUGUUUAAGGAUUCUGUGAAGCUGUUUGUAUAAGGGUGGGGUAUGCCAUCAUAAAACAUAACUGAGCUUGUUCAUUAGAAUUAUGGGUUAAUUUUGAAUUUAGUCUUUUCAAA